GCCCAACGAACGACCCACAACAAAAUUCUGUUUUCGUUUAGAUUUAGAUAAAUCAUCAGCGACAUCCAUCCAUAAAAACCCUUCAACCUUCAUCAGAAAUAUCCCAAAUUUCUUUCCCCCAAUUCCAAAUUCCGUGUCCCGAUUUCAAUUUCAUCAGAAAAAUCAACACGGAAUUUGGAAAGAAAACCCUUUUUGACCGGAAAGAUUUGAAUAGCCAGACACGUAAAUGGAGAUCGAUAAAGCAAUCAGAGAGAGCAAUGAUCAAAAGCUGAAAACCAAGUAUAAUAAAGCCGUCAAUGUUAUUCAAAGAGCUCUUGCUCUUUACCCUAUUGAAGAGGUUGCAUUUAGCUUCAAUGGCGGAAAAGAUUCAACGGUUCUACUACACCUUCUAAGGGCAGGAUUUUUUUUACAUCAAGUCGAUAAUGGUCAUUCAAAUGGCGAUCUAUCUACUCACGCAUCCACAUUUCCAAUAAGAACAAUCUAUUUCGAGAGCCCUUCUGCCUUCCCUGAAAUCAAUUCAUUCACUUACGAAACAGCUUCUAGUUAUGGUGUCCAAUUAGAUAUCAUACGCCAAGAUUUCAAGUCAGGUUUAGAGGCGUUACUAAAAUCUAAACCAACAAAAGCCAUUUUCCUUGGUGUUAGAAUCGGCGAUCCCACUGCUGUGGGUCAAGAACAAUUCUCUCCAAGCUCACCUGGAUGGCCACCUUUCAUGAGAGUUAAUCCAAUCUUGGAUUGGUCUUACAGAGACGUGUGGGCUUUUCUUUUGACUUGCAAGGUUCCAUACUGUAGUCUAUACGACCAAGGAUAUACAUCAAUAGGAAGUGUUAAUGACACAACUCCAAAUGCAUUGUUAUGCAUUAAAGAUUCUGGUAAGGAAAAGUUCAAGCCUGCAUAUAUGCUUUCAGAUGGAAGAUUAGAAAGAGCUGGAAGAGCCAAAAAGUUACCUCAAAAAGUCAAAGAUGGAGUCAAAGGUGUGGAAUCACAUCAAGAAAACACCCCUUCAGCCUCAAUCAUAGCAGUGGGUGAUGAAAUUCUGUCUGGAAGGGUGGAGGAUGAAUUAAGACAUUUGUUGUGUAGGAAGAUUCAUUCUAUUGGUUGGAAUGUUUCCCAUAUUGCUGUUGUAUCAAGUGAUGUAGAUUCUGUAGCUCAAGAAGUUGAAAACCAAAAGUCUACAAGUGACAUGGUUUUCUUAUAUGGAGGAGUUGGUCCAUUACCUUCAGAUGUUUCCAUUGCAGGAGUUGCAAAAGCUCUCAGUGUUUGUUUGGCUCCCAAUGAAGAAUUUGAAGAACAUCUUAGGAAUUUAUAUGGUGAAAAGUGGAGUGGGGACUCUAAUGAGAUGGCUAAGUUGCCAGAAGGUAUAACAGAAUUGUUGCUACAUGAAAAGCUUCCUGUUCCAUUGAUAAAGUGUGGGAAUGUAAUUGUUUUUUCUGCAACAAAUGUGACUGAGUUUGACCAACAAUGGGAUGCUUUGACCAAUUCAAGAUUGUUAGCAACAAUGGGAUCAUUUGUAUCUAAACAUUUCACAACCUCCCUCUCAGAUAUAGAAGUUGCUCAGUCUCUAUCAAAGCUUUGUUUUGAAUUUCCAAAUGUCAACAUUGGAUGUUAUCGCAAAUCAAGAACAGGGGCACUCACAAUAACUUUGGAAGGGAAGGAUGAAAAGAUGGUAGAAGCAGCCAUGGAAGCAGUUUCAACAAGAUUAUCAUCACAAUAAUUUUGAUCAGAAAAUGUUUGAAGGAAAAAGAAUAAGUGAUAUGGGUGAAAGAGAGAAAACAAGUGUAUAUGGAUAAUUAACAAAGCUAUUAUACUUCAUUAGAAUUUGCAAACAUGUUAGGAUGAAAAAUACAUCAUUUUUUUUGGGAAAUUUGAAUUACUUGUUCAUGUUGUUA